UAGGAUGCUGCCCAUCACCGACUAUCUGUUGCAUCUGCUGGGGCUGGAGAAGACAGCAUUUCGAGUGUAUGCUGUGUCAGCUCUGUUGCUAUCCCUCCUUUUCUUCCUCUUCCGCCUGCUACUGCAGGUAUUCAAAUUGUGCUGGGACUUCCGCACCACUUGUCGCAGACUGAGCUGCUUCCCAGAGCCUCCUGGCCGUCACUGGCUGCUGGGCCACGUGAGCAUGUAUCUUCCUAAUGAGAAGGGCCUUCAAAAUGAGAAGAAAGUGCUGGACACCAUGCACCACACCAUCCUGGCAUGGGUUGGACCUUUCCUGCCUCUCUUGGUGCUUGUACAUCCUGAUUACAUCAAGCCUGUGUUGGGUGCCUCAGCUGCCAUUGCACCCAAGGAUGAGUUUUUCUACAGCUUCCUGAAGCCUUGGUUAGGGGAUGGACUUUUGCUCAGCAAAGGGAACAAGUGGAGUCGGCACCGCCGUCUGCUCACACCCGCCUUCCACUUUGACAUCCUGAAGCCCUACAUGAAGAUCUUCAACCAGUGCACGGACAUUAUGCAUGCUAAAUGGCGGCGGCAUCUGGCAGAGGGCUCAGUGGCCUCCUUUGACAUGUUCGAGCACAUCAGUCUCCUGACCCUGGACAGCCUUCAGAAAUGUGUGUUCAGUUACAACAGUGACUGCCAGGAGAAAAUGAGCGAUUACAUCUCAUCUAUCAUCGAACUGAGCUCUCUGGUGGUGCGACGCCAGUACCGCCUUCAUCACUACCUGGAUUUCAUCUACUACCUCACUGCCGAUGGACGGCGCUUCCGCCAGGCCUGCGACACCGUGCACAAGUUCACCACUGAAGUCAUCCAGGAGCGGCGGCGGGCACUGCGCCAGCAGGGUGCUGAGGCAUGGCUAAAGGCUAAGCAAGGCAAAACCUUGGACUUCAUAGAUGUGCUGCUGCUGGCCAAGGAUGAAGAGGGAAAGGAAUUGUCUGAUGAGGAUAUCCGAGCUGAGGCAGAUACAUUCAUGUUUGAAGGUCACGACACAACAUCUAGUGGGCUGUCGUGGGCGCUGUUCAACCUGGCGAAGUACCCAGAGUACCAGGAGAAGUGUCGGGAAGAGAUCCAAGAAGUCAUGAAAGGCCGGGAGCUGGAAGAGCUGGACUGGGACGACCUGACUCAGCUGCCCUUCACCACCAUGUGUAUCAAGGAGAGUCUCCGACAGUUCCCACCGGUAACACUCAUCUCUCGACGGUGCACUGAGGACAUCAAGCUGCCAGAUGGGCGCAUCAUCCCCAAAGGUAUUGUCUGCUUGCUCAGCAUCUAUGGGACACACUACAAUCCUUUAGUGUGGCCUGACUCUAAGGUGUACAAUCCUUACCGCUUUGACCCGGAUACCCCACAGCAGCGCUCCCCGCUGGCCUAUGUCCCUUUCUCAGCAGGUCCCAGGAACUGCAUUGGACAGAGCUUCGCCAUGGCAGAGAUGCGAGUGGUCGUGGCGCUGACACUGCUGCGUUUCCGCCUGAGCGUGGACCGAACGCGCAAGGUGCGGAGGAAGCCAGAGCUCAUUCUGCGUACGGAGAACGGCAUUUGGCUCAACGUGGAGCCUCUGUCCCCACGGGCCUGAACGCUCCUUGGGCCUCGCGCAACCCCCGGGGUUCAGGCUCCGCCCUCUCAGGCCUAGACCACGCCU